AUGGAUGAGUGUGACACUCAUCCGCGCAAGCUGCGGCGCAGCGGCAACCCGCUCCAUGGGCUGCAACUAACUCAACCAAGGUGCUUCCCUGCUCGCAGACCUGCUCUGCUGUUGCGUGCGUCAAAUGCCAGCGGAUCGACCAGUAGAUCGCGGCCCCGGUCGCCACCUCAUUGUUCUGUCGCCAGCCCGCGUGGUGGAGAGCUGAGGGGAGCCAGUGAGGCGGCGAAACGUCCCCACGAUUUGCGGGUGGAUCAACUGCGUAGCACCAGUGUCAGGACCAUCACCAGCUUGUUGUUGAGCUGGUGUUGGAAGGGCCCUUGUUGGCCAGGAGCCGACGACGCUGAAGAAAGGAGGGAGCUGCAAGCGGCAAAUCAAAACAGGCCUGAGAUUGUCCCCCGCCUUGCGGUUUCGUGCUGUGCUCUCCCACCUUUCCGCGCCGCCUCGCGCGCUGCCAGCUGCAUCCGGAAGCCGAAUCAUUCUUAA